AUGCGCAGAGAUAGAUUUAUAGAAAUUCUGAGAUUUAUACGCUUUGACAAAAGAAGCCAACGAUCCGAAAGGUUGCAAACAGAUAAAUUUGCGCUGAUAUCUGAACCAUGGAACAGAUUUAUAAGUAACAACCAGGCUUGUUAUAAGCCACAUCAAAAUAUCACAGUAGAUGAACAGUUAUUUCCAACGAAAGCCCGUUGCAGGUUUACGCAAUAUAUGCCAAAUAAGCCUCAUAAAUUUGGCAUUAAGUUUUGGUUAGCAGUUGACGUUCAAUCAAAAUAUAUUUUGAAUGCUUUCCCUUAUAUGGGGAAAGAUGAAACGCGAUGCUCAAAUUCGUUGGGCCAGUUUGUAACAUUAAAAUUAGCCGAACCAUAUUUACAACAAGGUAGAAAUAUAACGACAGACAAUUUCUUUACAAGCAUCCCGCUAGCUAAAAAAUUGCUUGCACUAAAGACAACUUUGGUUGAGACCAUCCGGUCGAACAAAAGGGAACUGCCAAAACCAGCGAAAGAAACAAAGGACAAGAUGACGUUGUUUUUCUCAAAUUUAUAUAAAUCAGAAGACUGCACGCUUACUGUGUAUAAAAGUAAACCUAAAGUAAAAGUCCUCCUUCUAAGCACCAAACAUAGAAAUAUACAAAUAGAAGACAAUAGUAAAUGUGUUCCAGAAACUAUUACUGUUUAUAAUAAAACAAAGUUUGGUGUCGAUGUCGCGGACCAGAUGGCACGCAAAUAUAGUGUGAAAGCGGGGUUUUUUCGAUGGCCCCUGCAAAUUUUUUAUAAUAUUUUAGAUUUGGCAGCGAUAAACGCGUGGAUAUUAUAUAAAGAGUGUACCGAAUCGAAAAUAUCCAGAAAGGAGUUUAUAUUUUGUUUAGCCGAGGAAUUAGCUGGAGAAAACAAGGAAAACAUUCAUCAAAGUUCAGACGUUUCAGUUCUGUCACCUUCAACGUCAGGAGUCCGAAGAAGUUGCCAAGUGGGCUAUUGUAAUAAAAAUAAAAGCAGUAAUUGCUGUAUGUAUUACAAAAAGAUCGUAUGCGGAAAAUGCACGAGCGAAAUUCAGUACAUUUGUAAAAAAUGUGCUCGAUAA